UACACCGUGUCUGUCUUUGUUUCUCUUAUGCGAGCUCUUCUUGAAGGCCUGUCACUGCUGGUCUAUCACAAGAAAAGGCUUUUGUUAUGAGUGUGGAUGUGAAACAUUGAACAGAGAGCUCCAAUACAGCCUUUCGCUUAAUUUUGUGCCUCGCCGAGACAAAACCUCCUGUUGCCAACUGGUCAAAUUUCAGUAACUUCUGCAGAAACGUUCAGCACGACUUCUCUGGAAUGGGAAUACAUUGCUCAAUACAAGGCCUUGCACAAUACUUGUUUUCAUGCAGUGUAUAAUUUCACUGCAGAAAACUUCCCACAGACUGGGAGCAACCAAUUUUACAAUGAAGUGCUUUCUGGGUAUCCUUUUUGCCUUUGGCAUCUUGGUGACACUAUGCGAUGCAUUCUGUUUUUAUCAACGAAAUGACCCAUUGAAAUCUACCGAAGGUUGUAGUCAAGAUGAAAAGGUGCAUAAAUUUGGUGCCACUUGGACUGCAAAUUGCAACAGAUGUCACUGCAGCCGGAAUGGAAUACGCUGUUGCUCCACCUAUCAUUCGCCUGCGGGUUAUGACAGAGAAAAAUGUGAAAGCAUUUUCAACAAGGACACCUGCAGCUACAGCGUGGUGGAGAAGGCCGACCCCUCGAAAGCCUGCGAGGUCCGUGGCUGGGUGGGUUAAUUACGAAUCCACUUAGAAUUUCUCUGCAUAGUGCCUCUCCUUCCCCUUCUACCAAUGAUCAACAAUGGAAUGAGUCUGUUCUUCAGAGAUUCAUGAUGGUCUUUGAAGCAUCACUACUAACAGCUGGUUUUUCUUCUCCUUGUUGAGUAGCAGUUCAGUGUGUGAGAACGUGCUGUACUUGAUUCUAUAUUGUUUCUGUUAUUCCCUGCAUUAGCAUAACUGAGCUUUGAUCACCAGAGUAAAAUAAACUCACAUGAAGCACCAGAAGUCCCUGAGUGUCUUCUUAAUAAGAGCUAAGUAACGAUGGGGCUCCCUCUCCUUCCUUUGAGGAGAGCGCACUGAUUUCAGCAGUUUUUCUAACUGCGAUGGGUGAAUCUUUUCAGGAAAACAGUAAGAACCAGCCUGUAUUUCUUGAUCCACCUCAGUGCCCUUUGUCCAGGUUCAUAUAUGUUCAUGAAGGAUCCAUCCAUCUCAGUUUCCAGUGCAGCCAUGCUUCUCUCACACACAGCUACCACCUGAUUGACUGCAAGAGCCGGCAGGUACCCAGACCCAGCAUUCUACUCUGUUUGCACAUGCCAGAUGCCAGGCUUCAUCCUGGCCCGUGAUUGUUUGAACACUGAACAGGUUCCUCAUUGUCAUUCACCAGCAGGAAAUCAAACUAGCAGUGGGAACAGUGCUCCAGUUUCAGGAGCACCCAGCUAGCUGGGAACACAGCACUACCACCCUUUGUAAGGGCUGUACCUCUGAGCUGUGCUAGCCAUUGCAGCUGAUCAACCUCUGUUCACUGACUGGUAUGGCAUUAGCUUGGGCAUCAUCUGCUCACUGGUAAGACGACACAAGUACAUUGAGUAUUACGAAUCAAUGCACCAUUUGGAAUAUAGUGUAUUAUAAAGCAGCAAGGGAAAAACUAUUGGGGGAAAGGAUCAAGGGCAUUGGAAGACAUUCCCUUUCUUGAGGUAAUCCCUUCUCCUAGGGCUAACCCUUCAGCACUGUGUGGGGAGUGACUGGGACAACUGGAUUCCUACAUGCAAUCUCUGCUCAUUGUGCUGAAAUGUUAGCCCUUAAUGCCAGUCUUUGCAACAGGGAGGUCUUGGCAAGUGUAAGUAGAGUCAGAAUGAGCUGACAUCUGGUGGUGAGCUGUGGAAAAGGCCUUCAGUGGCUGAUUUCGUUUGCCUGGGCACACCCACCCUGCCUAGCAUGAUGGACUGCUUGUCCAAAUGGUCACUUUGGCUGCUGUGGGAUCCCCAGUCUCUUUGUUAUUGGGGCAGGAGUAAUAAAGGGUUGUUAUCCAGGUUAUGUGAAUCAAGGACAGUAGAACUGUACUUGGCAUUUUAUGAUGGAGGGACUCGCCCUCAACUAAGUAGCACUUGCUAGGCAAGGGACAUGGGUUCCAAAGCCCAGUGAAUUGAGAAAAGGCUGGGCUUUGUCUGAGGGUCACAAAUAGCUCCUUGGGCCCUUCUUCCUCACCUCCUUGUGCAAUAAUACAACUAAUUUUCAUGUGAUUGGGGUCUUGUUAGGUGCUGAAGAGCUGAAAUCAGUCUUUCCUAGGUUUAAGCCCUAAACCUAUUUGGGCUAGUGGUUCUGAGUGUGCCAGCACUGAGGUGAUGUGGGCCUGCCCCCCACUAACAGAUGAAGUUACUAAGAGCCAAAAUCACUGAGAGUGGUGUUAAGUGGGGGGGCUAGCAGGACGGCUAGUGGAGUAGAGCAGCUAGCAGGAUGGCUGGUGGACAGGCAUGGCUGGUGCUGAAGACUGCUGCAGAACCCCAAUGUAAGAUGCCCCCAUACCUUUCCCCCUUCCACUCAGGCUGGGAGGUAAACUCUGCAGAUGAACUUCUGAACUCUGGGGCUGCACUGAGGAAGGACAGAAACUGUGUGUGGGGGGGUGACUUUUGGGUUGCUGGAUGCAAGAACCACACUGGGGCUGCACUGACCAAGGACAGAAACUGUGUGUGGGGGGGUGACUUUUGGGUUGCUGGACUCAAGAACCACUCUGGGGCUGCACUGACCAAGGACAGAAACUGUGGGUGGGGUGACUGUUGGGUUGCUGGACUUAAGACUCUGAGGGGAAUAGGACACUGCCAAGCUUACUUGUGGGUGGGUCUUUUGCUCAUGGCUUGUGUUAUGAAUCCCGUUUGUGGUGUUUCCCCACAUAAUGUUGCGUUGUUUCCCCCCUUUAUUAAAAGGCUUUUGCUACA